UAAAAACGGAAUUCCUCAGAGAAGCAUGUACAAAAUUUAACACGUCGAACUGCACAAGACCACAAAAACAACACAGCACACCAGAUAAAUCACGUUAUGGCAAUAGUCAACACAAUGUCGACAAUAUGACAACCACUACAAACAAAAAGCAGAGCCACGAUCGUUCCGAACCUACCGCUGUCAUCGUCACCGAAGGAGAACAGAGGGAACCCGAUAGCAUCAGUAGCAGACAACGCUCUUCGUGGGUGCCGUCUAUCGUGGAAAUCCCUGCUCAGCCCGAAAAUAGCAUUCCUUCGUUGACCACUCUUAGCAGUGAAAGACAACGGCAACACCUCCAGCGACCUGGUCUGAGGAGCAAGAGCAAUGGAAGGAGAAGAAACAGGAAACAAAGGAGCAAAAUGAACAAGAAACAAGAAAGAAUUACCAAUGUCGUUCUCGUCGUAGUAGGGGUGCGCUUCGAAUCGGAAAACUACUGGAUGGAAGACUGCCCGGCGAUUCUUCGUGAGGAUUUCCCACACUUUCGCCGAAAUCUGAAAAAUACCAUUGGACUCUGUAGGCAAAUGCAACGGCAACAGUUACAGGACAUGAACGGAGUCUCCCAUCCUGCAAAUGUUACCAAAAUCAUACAUCUCCAUUCCGUCCAGAAGCGAUCACAAGAAUGGAAAACAUUCAGAGCGCCCUCCUCGAGAUCCCCGACCAAGCCAGAGAUAUACCCCACAAACGACCAGAAGCAAGACAACUCCGUUUCCAUGCAGCACCCUAAUAUCGAGCGCAAGAUAGAGAGAUGCGGCUAUUCGCCAUCGCUGGUCGAUUCUUACAACAACUAUGAGGCCAACGAACGUUGCAAACUGAAUGGGGAAGAUGCCGUUUGUCCACAACAAGGAGAGCUCCUCAUUCCCAGUCCGAGCUGGUCCUCCUCCGGAGAAAUACUCCUCUUGGAUGCAUUGAGAAAGAUUGCCGCAACGGGGAACCAAAAAAAACUACAGCUGCCUGCCAUGAAGCAUUGUCGCAGUCAUAGCCAUGGGUGCCAUGGUUGCGACUACGACAAUGGAGAUAAAACGUUUUUGAACCAAGGGAAGACCCAAAUCAAGAAUAACAACGGCAAAAACAACACCAUUGUACUAGUUUGUGGUUUGGUGACGAGCGUCUGUGUUCUCAACACCGCGAUGGUGUGUAGAGAAGAAGGAUACAGAACCUUCAUAAUUGAGGACGCCUGUGCCGAUCGCGGUCGAGAACGGCACGAUCGCGUGAUCGAAGAACUACACACACAGCUUCAGCAGCAGCAUUAUUCUUCGCUCCCACACCGUGUGUCCAACAAACACAAGAAUGGCAACAAAACGAGCAACGUCGUGGAGCUUUUAACGAGCUACCGAGAUUUGGUGCGCUUCUUUUCACCACCGCAGGCAAGGCAACAAAAACAACACCAGGGACGAGUGCGGUCUUCGUCUGCCCCUGUGGUACCUGCGUCCCGGUUAUCCUAUCAACGGAAUAAUCCUCAUCAUUAUCAUCGUCCCCGGGAACGAGACGAAGACUGCCUUGUAUCUUUCCUUGAGCGAUAACUUGUUCGUAUUAAAGAAGAAAACUGCAUGUGUCCUAGCAUCAUGCCAUCAUAAUAUUUUAUCGUAUCGUAACUUUACGUCAGAUG